AUGGCUCAUCUUAUUCGUCUGUGUCCGUGGAGAGGGUACGUUUUUGUAUUCAUUUUUCUUUAUGUCAUCACGACCACAGUCUCCGCCGUCAACCACUAUUCUGUUCCAGAGGAAAUGGAGGAAGGAUCUGUCGUCGCUAAUUUAGCAACGGAUUUGGGUCUGGACGUAAAAACUCUGAAUACAAGGAAAAUGCGCGUUGACGCUAUAGGCAACAAAAAAUAUCUCGACAUCAACAAAGAGACUGGAGAGCUGUUUAUAUUAGAAAGAAUAGACAGAGAGUUUUUAUGCGCACUGAAGACAGCCACGUCUUGCUUUCUUAAAUUAGACGCUACAAUUGAAAAUCCAAUACGAAUGUUUAAUAUUGAGGUCGAAAUCACGGACAUUAAUGAUAACGCUCCUCAUUUCCGACGAGGAACGAUGCACUUGGACAUCUCUGAAUCCAGCCCCAUCGGAGAGAGGUUCUCACUGAAUAACGCAGCGGAUCCAGAUGUUGGAACGAAUUCUGUGAAGGAUUACCACCUGAGCUCAAGUGAACAUUUUGCACUUGAAAUUCAGACGGGGAGAGAUGGAUCAAAGUUCGCUGAUUUGAUACUUAAAAAAGCUUUAGACAGAGAGAAGCAGGCUGUUCAUAAUCUAAUGCUGACUGCUGUGGACGGUGGAGUUCCCACGCGUACAGAGAGGGAGAUAGCCAACACCUCCAUGUCCAUGCUGUUCUCCAUCAACCCAGAGAACGGUAAUCUUUACGCACUGAAAACUUUUGACUAUGAGAUCGAGAAGGAGUUUCUUUUCCACAUCGAGGCCAGAGACUCUGGUUCUCCUCCACUCAGCAGUAACGUCAGCGUCCAUAUUGUUAUUGUGGACCAGAACGACAACGCUCCGGUUAUCGUGUCUCCGUGGCGCGCGCACGGCUCGGUGGUGGAGGAGAAGAUCCCCAGAUCCACAGAUAAAGGAUCCCUGGUUUCCAAGGUGAUCGCUUUAGACACAGACUCGGUGCACAACUCUCGGAUUACCUACCAGUUUCUACAGGUGACUGACGUCACCUUGUUCAGUCUGGACCAAUACAACGGAGAGAUCCGGACCAUGAGGAUGUUCAGUUACAGAGAUCCACGCCACCAGAGACUGGUUGUUGUUGCCAAGGACAACGGGGAUCCUGCUCUCUCUGCCACAGUCACCAUCAAGCUGUCCACGGUGGAAACUGUUGUUAAGGCCUACUCUGACAUGACUGAGGUGCCUCUAGAGUACGACAUCUUCUCAGACCUAAACCUGUAUUUGGUGAUCGGUCUGGGCUCCGUGUCGUUUCUCCUGCUCAUCACCAUAUUGGUCACCAUCGUGCUCAAGUGUCAGAAACCGAAGCCCAGCAACGCGACUCUUCCCUGUAGGAACAGUCUGAUCAGUGAGAGGAACUCCACCAUCGCAGAUUCCACUCUGGUCUCCAACGAUGCCUACUGGUACAGUCUGUUUCUGGCAGAGACCAGGAAAGGAAAGAUGGUGGUCAGACAGCCUGUGCCAAAGGGCUCUAGAUACAUCGUGUCCAGUUUACCGAGAGGAACAGGACUCACAAACACGAGCGACUCAGCAGCUUCUACUCUGCAGGUAUGGAGAAACAUGCACUUAAAAUGUGUUUAA